AUGCGUUACUUUGCUAUUGCUUUCUUGCUCAUCAAUACCAUUUCAGCUUUUGUCUUGGCUCCCAAAAAGCCAUCUCAAGACGAUUUCUACACUCCACCACAAGGUUAUGAAGCUCAACCUCUUGGUUCUAUUUUGAAAACAAGAAACGUCCCCAAUCCAUUGACUAAUGUUUUCACUCCAGUUAAAGUUCAAAAUGCAUGGCAAUUAUUGGUUAGAUCUGAAGAUACAUUUGGUAACCCAAACGCCAUAGUCACUACCAUUAUUCAACCUUUCAAUGCUAAAAAGGAUAAGCUUGUUUCUUAUCAAACAUUUGAAGAUUCUGGUAAAUUGGAUUGUGCUCCAUCAUAUGCUAUUCAAUAUGGAUCGGACAUUUCGACUUUGACCACUCAAGGUGAAAUGUACUACAUCUCUGCUUUAUUAGAUCAAGGUUACUAUGUUGUCACUCCUGAUUACGAGGGUCCAAAGAGUACAUUCACUGUAGGGUUGCAAUCAGGAAGAGCUACUUUGAAUUCGCUUAGAGCUACUUUGAAAUCAGGAAACUUGACUGGUGUUUCAUCAGACGCUGAGACAUUAUUGUGGGGUUAUUCAGGAGGAAGUCUUGCUUCAGGAUGGGCUGCUGCUAUACAAAAAGAAUAUGCUCCAGAGUUGAGUAAAAACUUGCUUGGUGCUGCACUUGGUGGAUUCGUUACAAACAUUACUGCCACUGCUGAAGCUGUUGAUAGUGGUCCAUUUGCAGGAAUCAUCUCCAAUGCAUUGGCUGGUAUUGGAAAUGAAUACCCUGAUUUCAAAAACUAUCUUUUGAAAAAAGUGUCACCAUUGCUUUCAAUCACUUAUCGUUUGGGAAACACUCACUGUUUGCUUGAUGGUGGUAUUGCUUAUUUCGGUAAAUCAUUCUUUUCCAGAAUUAUUAGAUAUUUCCCUGAUGGAUGGGAUCUUGUCAACCAAGAACCUAUCAAAACCAUCUUGCAAGAUAAUGGAUUGGUUUACCAACCAAAGGACUUGACCCCACAAAUUCCAUUAUUCAUCUACCACGGUACCUUGGAUGCAAUUGUCCCCAUUGUCAACUCAAGAAAGACAUUCCAACAAUGGUGUGAUUGGGGACUCAAAUCUGGUGAAUAUAAUGAAGAUUUGACCAAUGGACACAUUACUGAAUCAAUUGUGGGUGCACCAGCUGCUUUGACUUGGAUUAUCAAUCGUUUCAAUGGACAGCCUCCAGUUGAUGGAUGUCAACAUAAUGUGAGAGCUUCAAACUUGGAAUAUCCAGGAACUCCACAAUCAAUCAAGAAUUACUUUGAAGCUGCAUUGCACGCAAUUUUGGGCUUUGAUUUGGGUCCAGAUGUUAAGAGAGAUAAGGUUACUUUGGGCGGAUUGCUCAAGUUGGAACGUUUUGCUUUUUAG